CCUCCCCGGAGCCAGCCCGGCCGGCAAGAUGUCGGCGCCCGGAGGCGGGUCGAGGCUGCUGGUGCAGUACGUGGUGCUGCGCGGGGACCUGGCGCGAGCGCCGCUCUCCUGGCCGCUGGGCGCCCUGGUGGCUCAGGCCUGUCACGCGGCCACCGCCGCCCUGCACCUCUACCGCGCCCACCCCGACACGGCCGCCUACCUGGAGGACCUGGGCAACAUGCGCAAGGUCGUGCUCCAGAUUCCCGAUGAGGCGGCCCUGCGGGGCCUGGCCACGCGCCUGCGGGAGGAGAGCGUCGACCACACGCUGUGGCUGGAGCAGCCCGAGAACACGCCCACCUGCCUCGCCCUCCGACCCUACCCCAGGGAUGAAGUGCGCUCCCACCUCAGGGAGCUCAAGUUGUUCAAGUGACCCCGGCGGGCCGACCCCAGGGACCCCCGGCGGCCCGGCCGGCCCCCCCACCCCACCUACGGAUGCCGUCCACCCGGGCCGGGCCGGAUGCCCUCUCGGGUGGGUGGCUCCAGGGACGAUGGGCAAUAAACCGCCUCCCACCCCCGCAGCGGGCAGAUCAGAGCCAACGGCAGCCGCUCCUCUCCCUCGUCACCGGGCACCCGGGGUGGAGCCCGCCCCAGCUUCCGGGGUCCCCUCUGUGCCCGCUUCUCAUUCUUGUCCCAGUUUUGCCGGGAAGGCAGAUGGAGUUAUCCCCGCCCCUCGACCCAGCUCAGGCCGGCGACGUCCGAGAGGGUCUGGGGGUUCGGGAGGGUCGCCGAGGCGGGGAGAGGACCGACCCGGCACGGGGUUCGGUCCGGACGGGAUGCUGCCUUCCGACCCGGGGCGAUCCCUUAGGCCCGUCCGACCGAGCGCCCACCGAGGAGGGUGGGCACGGGGCCGGUCGCGGGGCCUCGGAUUCCAGCACCGCCCGACCGGGCUACCCCACCCCGUCGCCCGCCCGGCUCGGGGAGAUCCCGGGCAACUGCUCACUGAUACAGCAGGGCUCAGCCGGUAGCGGUCUUGGGUUAGACUGGUCCCGGGGGAGGCAGGGCCCCGUGACAAGCUGACCGAAGAAAGGGGCCCGGCGAGGGGAGUAGGAAGAGCACAGCCGUGCCCUUCGCCCGUUUACAGAUGGGUAAACCGAGGCAGCCGCCCAACACCGGCCGGGGAGGAGGCGGCGGUCGAGGUAUCCGAGAGCGGAGGGUGGCUGGCCCAAAGACCCGGGCGACGACCCCUCGCUCGGCUGAACUCUUGACCCCACGACCGAAACGAGCGGGUCCACCCGGCCGUUGGACCGGGGGUCGCUACUGGGGCCUCGGCCUCGGUUGUCUGGCCUCCUAUUUAGAGAGCAACCAGUGGCGACGGAUGGUUUUAGAAACGGGGAUGGAUGGUUUCUCUUAGCCGGGUCCGGGCGGGAAACAACUCAGCGCUCGCCUCCUCGGAGCGUGAGCUCCCCGAUAGCAGCUUCACGUCUUCUACCGCCGUCACGGGCCGCCAAAUGUCCGACACGGUGCCCCGCGCAGGGUGGAACCCCAGGAAGGCACCUCGCCCGCGGCAGGCACCCACGGGUGCGGGAGGCAGCCGCUACGGUGCCGUGGGCGACGAUAAAAUACGUGACCCCUGACAUUUUCACCGACAAAUUUUGAUGUCACCUGGACGUCUGCUCCCUCGCUGCCUCCUCCAGCCCAGCAGGUCUGGUCCAGGGAACCCCUCCUUACCCUUAAAUAAUGAUAACAAAUGACAUAACGGGCAGGGAGGGUGUCUGCUAAUUCCAUCGUACUCUCCCGAGCGCUUAGAACAGUGAUCCGUCGUCGUAAGCGCUCAAUAAAUGCCAUCCAUCGA